CUGUAAUUUUUCCGCAGAAUCAUUCCAUUCCGAGAUUAUUUGCAUUUUGUUCACUCUUUUAACAUUUUUUAUUCGGUUUUAGGAGUAGAUUAAGUUCGUUUUGUGCGAGAAUUUGUAAAAGCUGAAGAGUUUGAUUUGUGUCGGUAUGUUAGACAAAGGAUUUUCGGGGCUUCGUCCGAUCUUCUGCCUCGCCUCAUUCUUUGUAAUGCUACACCUCAUUAAUGGAGACCUGAGUUAUUCCACACCAGAAGAGAUGAAACGCGGGACUGUGAUUGGAAAUGUAGCCAAAGAUCUCGGUCUUGAUCUUAGGACUUUUGUUUCUCGACAGGCCCGUUUGGAUUUUGAGGGAACUCGGAAAAGGUACUGUGACAUCAAUCUGAAUACCGGAGAUUUGAUCACAUCGGAGAGAAUGGACAGAGAAAGCCUUUGUGGCAAGAAACCCUCGUGUGUUGUUAAAGUGGAUCUGGUGUUAGAAAAUCCUCUGGAGCUUCAUCGUGUUAGUAUUCAUGUUCAAGAUGUAAACGACAACUCGCCAAAAUUCAAAAAGAAUUUGAUUGAGAUGGAAAUAAGCGAGUCAGCUGACAAGGGUAACCGCUUUUCUAUCGAGGAGGCCCAUGACGCAGAUAUUGGUCAAAAUGCUGUUCAAAGAUACAACCUCCAAAAGAAUGACCAUUUCAUUUUAUCAGUGGACAGCAACAAGGUUGAACUUGUGCUGGAUAAUACACUUGAUCGAGAGAAACAGAAGGAGAUCAAUUUGCUCCUCACAGCUUUAGAUGGAGGCUCUCCUCAGAGAUCAGGUACAGUAGUCAUACACGUCACUGUGCUGGAUGCUAAUGAUAACGCCCCAGUGUUCAGUGAGGCCGUCUAUAAAGCCAGUCUGCCUGAAAACUCUCCUUUAGACACCAUUGUCAUUACUGUCAGUGCUACAGACGCAGAUGAAGGAGUUAAUGGAGAUGUGACAUACGACUUUGGUCACGUGUCUGAUGACGAGGUAAAUGUUUUUUCAAUUGAUCCAAAAACUGGAGAAAUUAAAGUAACUGGUGUGAUUGACUUUGAGGAAAGUAGUUCUUUUGAAAUAAGGGUGGAAGCUAAAGAUGGUUUAGGUCUUACCUCAUACGCUAAAGUUAUAAUAGAUGUCAGUGAUGUGAAUGACAACGCUCCAGUUAUAUAUCUGAAAUCACUGACUAACCCCAUACCUGAGAACGUGUCACCUGGUACAGAGGUGGGCAUGAUUAACGUGCAGGAUAGAGACUCUGAGACUAACAGACAGGUCCGCUGCUCCAUUCAGCAGAAUGUCCCUUUUAAGUUGGUUCCUUCUAUUAAAAACUAUUAUUCUGUGGUGAGCACAGGACAACUGGACCGUGAACUAGUGUCUGAUUACAACAUUACAAUCACUGCCACUGACGAGGGCUCUCCACCUCUGUCCUCAUCUAAAACUGUUCAGUUAUCUGUAGCAGACAUCAACGACAACCCACCUGUGUUUGAGGAACAGUCGUACAGCGCAUAUGUGAGUGAAAAUAACAAACCUGGCUCCACUUUAUGUUUCGUUAGUGCUCGAGACCCCGACUGGAGACAGAACGGUACAGUGGUUUAUUCUCUGUUAUCCGGUGAGGUGAACGGUGCCCCGGUGUCCUCCUAUGUGUCAGUGAACGGAGACACGGGGGUGAUCCACGCUGUGAGGUCGUUUGAUUAUGAACAGUUCAGGAGCUUUAAAGUGCACGUGAUGGCCAGAGACAACGGUUCUCCUCCGCUCAGCAGCAACGUGACCGUGAGUGUGUUCAUAUCGGAUAUGAAUGACAACUCUCCUCAGAUACUGUACCCCGCCCCGGAGGGCAACUCCUUCAUGACCGAGCUGGUCCCCAAAGCUGCACACGGAGGAUCUCUGGUGUCCAAAGUGAUAGCAGUGGACGCGGACUCAGGACAGAACGCCUGGCUGUCCUAUCAUAUAGUGAAAUCCACUGAUCCGGGACUUUUCACUAUUGGUAUCCACAGCGGAGAGAUCAGGACCCAGCGGGACAUUUCUGAGUCUGACAGCAUGAAACAGAACCUUAUUGUGUCUGUGAAAGAUAACGGACAGCCCUCUCUGUCUGCCACCUGUUCCAUGUAUUUACUGAUUUCUGAUAACUUGGCUGAGGUGCCAGAACUGAAGGACAUUUCUUAUGAUGAGAAGAACUCCAAACUGACCUCUUAUCUGAUCAUCGCGCUGGUGUGUGUGUCCACCUUUUUUCUGACCUUCAUCAUCAUCAUCAUGGGUGUGAGGUUUUGUCGCAGGAGAAAGCCCAGACUGUUGUUUGACGGAGCAGUCGCCAUCCCCAGCGCUUAUCUUCCUCCUAACUACGCUGAUGUUGACGGCACAGGGACUUUACGCAGCGCUUACAAUUAUGACGCCUACCUGACGACAGGCUCUCGAACCAGUGACUUUAAGUUUGUGUCAUCUUACAAUGACAACACACUGCCUGCUGACCAGACUCUGAGGAAAAGCCCUACAGACUUUGCUGAUCCUUUUGAAGACCUGGAAGCCUCAUUGGAGGUAUGAGGUUUUUCUACUAUUAUAUUUAUUACGAUUUUUUUGGUCAAUUAGUUCACUUUUCUGAUUUGCCUUUCACUUCCAAGA